UUCUUUAUAGUCAAUUGUUGUGUGUUGAGCUUUGCAGAGAAAACAUAGCAAAGUUUUCACGCUGAAGUAAGUUGUCAUGAGAGGCCUGUCCUUUGGAAAGGAAGCAGUCUUGGAUUCGGGAAUGGCGAACCUUGGAGUGAAAACUUUUCUUCAGUUCGGAAUCUUGGUUCUCGUCGGAUUUGAGACGAAGAGCACCCGAGCCGUAAACAUCAAACCAAAGUCUCAGUCUUGCAGAGGCGCCUUUGAUAUGUAUUUCGUUUUGGACAGGUCUGCUAGUGUGACACCAAAGAACUUCCGGGAAGAGACGGUUGACUUCGUGGAGAAGAUCGUCAACAGUUUUCACAGCCCAAAAGUUCGGUUUUCCUUCAUCACCUUCUCAGACGACGCCUCUGUUGUUAUGGAGCUGUCCAACGACCCGGAUGUCAUCAGACAUGGCCUGUCCCACCUUCGUCGGAUAGACACGUACGGAGGGACCUUCAUGAGUCACGGUCUACGGAAGGCAAACGCUCAAAUCCAAGCUCUUGGUGGAGACACUGCCAGCAUCAUAUUUGCGCUAACGGAUGGAAAGCUUACUGAUGAGCCUCAAUCAUUUAAUGAGGCAGACAAGUCUAGAUCCCUGGGAGCAACAGUCUUUGCUAUUGGAGUCGGAAAUUAUGACGACGGUCAGUUGAAAUACGUGGCGGACAAACCAGCCAAGGACUAUGUGUACCUUCAACACGACUUCGAAGCUUUGGAUACCAUCAUUGAUGUGGUCGUCAACAAAUCCUGCAUAGAAAUCCUGUCUGCAUCACCUCCAUAUGUUUGUGCUGACGCGGAGUUUGAGGUGGAUGUUUGGGGAAAUGGCUUCACAAAAUACCAAAAUAUAUCAAACGUCUUCUGCAACUUCAGACUGAACGAUACAGACAACCAAGUUUAUAGGCCGAAGGAAGUGAGAAGUGACUAUCUUCGCUGCCCAGCCCCUAAAAUAGACCAGCCUGGAAGUUUCGUUGUGCUUCAAGUAAGUGUCAACGGGAAGACCUUCAUCUCCAGCAACGUGACUAUUGAAGCUCUAGAUUGCACUCCGACAGAUGUGGCGGCGAUCGUGCUCCCCCUGUUCUUCCUGCUCCUCCUCCUGGCGCUGCUGCUGCUCUGGUGGUUCUGGCAGCUGCUCUGCUGUUACGUGGUCAUCAAUGAGAAAGAAGAAGAAGAAGAGGUAGCCGAACAAAAACCCAAGUGGCCCAAAGUCAGUGCUUCCUACUAUGGAGGUAGGGGCGCAGGAGGAAUGUCCCGUAUGCAGGUUCAAUGGGGAGGACUGGGAUCAACCGAGGCAGGAGCUAAGCUGGACCGUCCGAAAGACGCUAAGGUAGAAGUUACACAGGAGCCAGUGCCCAAAUCUCCAACACUGUGGGAAACUAUCCUGAGGAAACUGCAGGCCUGUCGUGAGUAUCUACUGAAGCAGUACCACAGAGUCGCCAUCAUGAGACCUAGGCCAGGGGACAAGCGGCUGUGCAUCGUAGUCAGAAGAACGUGA